GGCGGGUAGGGACGAGCCCGGCCACCUGAGAGGAUGGCGGCGGGCGGCGAGUGGCUUCUGCGGGCCCCCACCGCCACCGAGCUGCUGCUGGCGGCCGUGUGCUGGCUGGGCUGCUACUGGCUGCUGCGGCCGCGGGCGCCGCCGGGGCUGCCGCCGGGCCCCGCGCCCUGGCCGCUGGUGGGCAACUUCGCCUUCGCCCUGCUGCCGCCGCCGCUGCUGCGGAGGUGGGUGCUGGAGGUGUGGGGCCGCGGCCGCGGCUCCCCCGUCUUCUCCCCGCACGUCUUCCUCACCGGCCUCACCGAGAUGUACGGCGGCAUCUUCCGGCUCUUCGUGGGCAGCCGGCCCUUCAUCGUCCUCAACACCUUCGGGGCGGUGCGGGAGGCGCUGGUGCAGAAGGCGGAGGUGUUCAGCGACCGGCCCUCCGUCCCCAUCGUCCUCAUGAUCACCCACAACAAGGGUGUUAUUUUUGCACCUUAUGGCCCUGUGUGGAAGCAGCAGAGGAAAUUCUCUCUUGCAACACUGCGGCAUUUUGGAGUGGGAAGACAUAGCUUAGAGCCUAAGAUCAUUGAGGAGCUGAAGUUCAUAAAGGAAGAAAUGCUGAAGCAUGGCAAGGAUUCAUUCAAUCCCUUCCCAAUUAUUCGCAACGCAGUGUCUAAUGUGAUCUGCUCCAUGGCCUUUGGCAGGCGUUUCAAUUAUGAAGAUGUUGAGUUCAAGACGAUGCUGAAGAACAUGGCCCGUGCACUGGAGCUAAGUGUGAACAGCUCUAUGAUCCUGGUCAACAUCUGCCCAUGGCUGUACUACCUUCCCUUUGGGCCUUUCAGGGAGCUUAGAAAAACAGAGUUAGAUAUUACUGCUUUUCUAAAGAAAAUAAUUGCACAGCACAGGGAUACACUGGAUGCAGCAAAUCCCAGGGACUUCAUUGAUAUGUACUUCCUCCAUGCAGAAGAAGAGAAGAACAACAAGGAGAGCAGUUUUAAUGAAGACUACCUAUUUUUUAUCAUUGGAGACCUGUUCAUUGCAGGCACAGAUACUACUUCCAACACGAUAUUGUGGUGCCUGCUCUACAUGUCCCUCUACCCAGAAGUACAAGAGAAAGUUCAUGCAGAAAUUGAAGCAGUUCUAGGUCGUGACAAAGUUCCCUCUCUUACCCACAAGGCUCAAAUGCCCUUCACAGAGGCAACAAUUAUGGAAGUGCAGAGGAUGACUGCAGUUGUUCCCCUUUCUAUCCCACGAAUGGCUUCAGAAACUGCUGUGCUGCAGGGAUAUACUAUUCCAAAGGGCAGUGUGAUCGUGCCCAACUUGUGGUCGGUGCACAGAGAUCCUAAUAUCUGGGAGAACCCAGAUGACUUUCAACCAACAAGAUUUCUGGAUGAAAAUGGCCAGAUAAUUAAGAAAGAGGCAUUCAUUCCUUUUGGAAUGGGUAAACGUGUGUGCAUGGGAGAGCAGUUGGCAAAAAUGGAGCUGUUCUUAAUUUUUGCGAGUCUAAUGCAAAGCUUUACUUUUUUGUACCCUGAAAAUGCUACAAAACCAUCUAUGGAGGGAAGAUUUGGUCUAACUUUAGCUCCCUGUCCAUUCAAAAUAAUAGCUUUGAAGAGAUGAUACAACAUCACAAAUAAUCAAAGAAAUACUGCACUUUUAAAACCCAGCUUGAUUUUCUUUCCAGCUUAUUUUGCUACUUUCUUUCCAGAAAAACAGUAAUUGCAUAGGCUUUCAUACCAAUGAGAAAGAUCCAUUUGCAAUUCUGGAUGGAGAACUUUUUUUUUUUUUGUCAGCUGUUGCAUUCCACAAAUGAACUGACGAUACAGUUUGCAAUUUGAUAUUAAAACUUGCUGGGCUUACACCCUCUGUCUGUUAAGCUAAUACUGUUUGUUUGUCAAAUGUUAAUUAUGUAAGAAUGGUCCCAAAAAGUCUGUUAAUACUAUAGUGAAUUUUAAUUGUUAUUUUGAUGAAACAGUAUGUGAAAUUUAACAAAUGACUGAAGGACAUAAUCUUAUAGAAGAAUUAAGGAAUAAGAGGGUGUUGUUAGCAUUUUCUGUGCAAAGAAACAUCACAAACGUAAUGGAGUUCAAAUAACAAUGAAUACUUUAUUGAAAGAACUAAAUGAUACUUCUUAUAACCUUGAAGCAUUCUGUCUGGUGAGUAACUUACAGGUGGAGACUGGAUCAAAUCAGUCUCUAUUCCUGGAUCCAGAUGUCCUUGAGUAUCAGAGCUUCCUGUAAACAUACAGGUACCAACUCUAAAAAACACAUGCCAGGUUCAUUUGGAGGCCUAGUGAAUCGUUGCAUAUACCGUGUUCUUAACCUGGGGAUAUGAAAGGAAUGCACAGCCUCUGAAUAGAGAUAAUUUAUUUCUAAAUAUAAAUGAGAGCUAAUUUCUCUAACAUAAAGCAGAACUCUGGUGCCAGGCAGGUAUCCAAGACUACACAUCUAUGAUAACACUGUUCCCUGUUUUGCCUGUGUCACAAGUGAUGGUCUGUCCUCUGGCUGCAGCCUGGAUGAGACCACCAGCCUGUUCAUCAGGAAGACAUCUGCAUGGAUAAUCCUGAAGCUAGGGCUUGCGCUAAGGUUCUUCCUUACAGGCAGUGUGGAUGGUACUGCCACAACCUUUUUUGGCUUUGAAAACUGGAAUCUUACAUCAAACACAUUUCAACAUAGUACUAUAGAUGUAGGCCUUAAAAGUUGAGGCAUGGAAAUUAGGAAUCUAACAUACCUGAGGUUUCACUGGACAGGCUGUUUCUUUGUUAUCUUCUAUAUGGUGUAAAAAGACCUGUAGUCCACAUAAUAUUAGUGUAUCAGAACCUUAUUCUUUCCUCAAGUAUAAUUUUAGUGCUGUUUACAACUAUCAAAAGAGCAUCAGGGAAGCCUGUUUUUAGGUAUUUCAGAAUGAGUCGCUCAGUCUCACUGCCUUUUAUUUAAAAGGUUUUCAAAUGUCUGAUGUUUGAGGGAUGUGUAGCUGUUAACCUUUAUAUAACUGUUCUUUACCAUCCUUCAAUCUCUUUAUAUACUUUUUGAUCUAGCAGAGUUUUAUAUUAGAUGAAAUAAAUACAUAUGUACUCUUCUAAGAAAUGUUUUCCCCUUAUUGGAGGUCUAGAAAAUACUAGCAGUCCUCCAGAUGCUAAGUUCACAAGACUGGAAGGUGAAAUAAACUGUAAAGUGAAAUUGAAAAUUCUGUAGCAGAAAUUGAACCUAAAUUGUAAAAGAAAAUUUAGCUCUUAAGCUUUAAAUUCUCUCUAUUCUUGUCUCUCUCGUUAAAUCAAAUCUUUAAAAGCCAAAUAGUGCCUGGCAAAGACUGCAGAAUACUUUGGAUUUCAAUUAAGGUUUUCUGCUAGCUGUUUUAAAUUACACGGUGGCGUGAUUUCUGAGUGAUCAGUUGGUUGCUCGUGUACCCUACCACUUCUGUCAGACCUUCCAGUUUUUCUUAAGGCUAGCUUUUGACUUUAUAGGUUAGCCCAUAUUUUUGAAAUUUUUGAAAACCCCAUAGCACGAGAAGUUGAGUUUGGUACCAAUGCUAGUGAACUUGCACUAAAAGCCGACUGCAUUGGAUUAAUAUGCAUUAUAUUUUCCAGUGAACAAUGUACAGUUGGGAUUUUUGCCUGGAAAUCCUUAAAAUAGUAUAUGCUUAAUUGCAGAGCUGAAUUGAGUGCUGAUAAUGUUUAUCUUUCUGUCAAAAUGCCUUUUUAAGCAAUAUAAUGAUGUUGGUGUGCAACUGAUGAUUUAUCUAUUUGUCCUUUUAAUCUUGAGGACUUAUUUGAAAAGCACUUUAGUUGUUUUUUUUUGUUGGUUUUGUUUUGUUUUACUGAUUCCAAAGAAGACACAAUUCACAUAAACACAUAGUAUGUGGAAUUACAUAUAUUUGUGUUCAUCUUGCCUGCUGAGUUUAGUGUGAAAUGUCACCUUUAAAAGUUGGCCUCCUACAGAUAGUAUUUUGGAAGUGCAGUUUCUUGGCAAUACCUAUAAUCACCCACAGAAUGACAAGCUGAAAACACUGAUGUGAUGCUGCAAUCAUGUCAAUGUCUGCCAGAAUGCAAGAUGAUGUUGGAAAUAAUAAUGAAGACUUGCCUUUCGUUGCUUCCAGAUGCACUGAAUUUAUGUAAAAUGCUAUGAAAGUUAACUAAACAACAGCAAGAAAGUAUUAGCGGUUCAAAACUGUGUUGCCAUCUGUGGUAAACUGUAAGUAAAGUGGUAGCAGAUUUGGUUUAUAUUGUAAAUGCAUCCAUCCCCUCCUAUUAUUAUUAUUUUUUUUUUUCAGAAGACAAAGCAUCUCAAAUGCCUUACUGAAAAAAAAACGUAUGUUUGUAUAAGCAAACAGCUAUUUCUGAAUGCUGAAAAUGUCUUUAUUUCUAGAAAUGACUUCAGAAUUUGCUUUGGUAUAAUUUUAUGUUUAAUAAAAUCAUUCUUAAGUAAGUGUUUGACACCUUUGCGCAGUCAUUUUAAUGAAUUCUAUUUGUUGGUUAAGAUUGUUGAUAUUUCAUGUUGUACAUUUUUGAGUGAGAUGAAGAGUCAAGGGGUGGGGGGGAAGGUAGAAUUGGGAAAGUAUAAUACCAGGAGUGUUAUGAGCAAGUAGUAGAAUAUGCUUCUUUAUUCUCAUAAUACAGCUUUAAAAACCCUGUUACUGAGGAUGAAUUAAUUGAGAAGAACGCAGCUGAGGAAGAGCAGAAGCUGCUAAGAGGAAACACAGAGUCUGAUGACCAAGGUGGGAAAGGAACAGACCAGUGGGCAGAGCUGAGGGAUUGUUUUGUGUAGAGGGGUCAGAGAGCCUCAGAUGGAGGGCAGAGACGAGGGGGUGUGACGUCCAGAGUUGGGUGGGCCUUAACUGAAGCACUUGUGGGGACGAAGUGGGUGUGAACCCAGCCGUGUGCAGAGGAGACUAUUUAUAGAAGUCCUGGGCUUUAAGCCUGGAGUUAUUGUGCAGGUAGUUUGGCAUAAGGCUUUUUUAUGGAUUUUAAUUACAUGCCUGGUCUGGGUAGCCCCAAGUCUACUUGGGAGAAGCUGUUUCUAGCAGCCCCUUGCUACUCCUGCCUGAUCUGCAGUUGGAUGAGGCUUAGUGAGAGAAUUUUCAGCGCAAAGUGCACAGACGGGAGAAUACUUUGGUUCGAGAAAACAAGUUACUUAAUGUUUACCCCAAAGCCGGCUCAAGGAAUACAUGCUACUGUUGCAGCCGCUGCUGGCUCAAAGGAACUAGAUGGAAAACGCCGGCAGCCUGUAUCUGAUCGGAUUCCGUCAGUAGCGUCUACAAGGGAACGCCUGGCGGGUUGGUGCGCGAGGCCAGGUUGGAUGCGGCCCUGGGCGCGUUCUAGCUUGGAAAUCCGAGGUGCUGCCGCGCUCGUGGCCUGGAGGCGCUGGGGCAGCGGGCACAGCUCCAGGGAAGGACGCUGCUGAAGGACGCAGAGAGGAGCGGCAGCUGUGGGCCGGCUGCCCGCCCCGUGCUAGCGAGGAGCAAUAGCAGCGCAGCAGCACGCUCCCGCGCCGUCCCCGGCGUUCUUUUACUCCCGGGCCCCGCUCAGCGCGC